AAUCUGAUUGGUGGCGCAAAGUUCUUUCUUUGAUUCCGUAUAUAAAUAAUAUCAGGGCCGCUGUUUAUGCGCUCUCUGUGUUCGUGGAACGGGAAGGCAGACAGACAGGCAGGCAGGCUGUGCGAGUCGAUUUGAUUUCCUGAGUGUAUCAGAAGUUGAGUGAGGGUUAAAGCAGCAGUCCGGAGGCAGGAUGGUGGACAGUGUUUACCGUACGCGCUCUCUCGGUGUGGCCGCAGUGGGCCUGCCGGAUCAGUACGCGGACGGGAAAGCGGCCAGAGUGUGGCAGCUGUACAUCGGAGACACCAAGAGCCGCACGCAGGAGUACCGCAGCUGGCUGGUGUCUCUGCUCAAACAGGAGGGCUGUAAGACGGUGCUGGAUGUGGCUUGUGGCACUGGUGUGGACUCGAUCAUGUUGCUGGAGGAGGGAUUCCGAGUGAUGAGUGUAGAUGCCAGUGAUAAAAUGCUGAAGUAUGCACUCAAGGAGAGAUGGGAGAGAAGGAAAGAGCCAGCGUUUGAUAAUUGGGUAAUUGAAGAGGCAAACUGGCUUGCGCUACCCGAGGACAUUUCGAAGCCAGGAGACGGAUUUGACGCAGUUAUCUGCCUGGGGAACUCGUUUGCUCAUUUACCAGAUUUUAAAGGGGAUCAGAGUGAUCAGAAGCUGGCCCUGCAGAACAUAGCCAGCAUGGUGAAACCUGGAGGAAUCAUGAUCAUCGAUCAUCGUAACUAUGACUACAUCCUCGAGACGGGCAACGCUCCGCAGGGCAAGAACAUUUAUUACCAGAGUGAUUUGAAACAAGACAUCGACACCUCUGUACUCUGGGUGAACAACAAGGCCACAAUGGUGACUCUGGACUACUCGCUGGAGGUCGAACAACCUGAAGGAUCCCAGAAAACGCCUGAGACAAGUAAGUUCCGCUUGUCGUAUUACCCGCACCGCCUGGAGAGCUUCAAGGAGCUGCUGAAGGCUGCGUUCUUUGGAAAGUGCAAGCAGGAUGUGUUUGGUGACUUCAAGCACUAUACUCCAGGACAAGGAGAAACUCCUUGUUACUUCAUCCAUGUUGUUAAAAAGACUCAAUAAGGCAAUCUUUACUACCCAAAGAGUUCUAGUUUUAAUUUUGUCUUUGCUUUUCCUUCAUCUGCAUUAUUUCUGCUUCGUUUACUGCUGUUUUAAUGGAGGUCUGACCUUGGAAGCCUUCCACACCUACAAAGGCAGAGCUGAAGAUGCAACACAAUGCUGAAGAUCACUUUAAAGUCACAAUGUGUUAACCCAAAGAGUACCGUCACUUAAGUGUGUGUGAGUGAGUGAGAUUUUCACUCGCGAAACAGUAUGAUUUCAAGUUCUCUUUUUUUUUCUUCUCUUCAAUUAAAGGUAAGGUUAUUGCUUAGCUGUGCAAUUUAAACUUUAACUGAUUUUCUAUGAUCCUAAACACUUACGAUCUUGUAUUAAUUUUAAAUGCAUAGAUCUGCAUUGCAAAAUGUUUAAUCCACAACCGCAUGCCUUAAACUGAUGCUGACUGAAGGAAAAGUUGUCUAGUUUACACGUCCAAAAUCAGUUAAAUGAAAGAGGGAAAUGUUUUACAAGGCCUAUUAUACUUUACUUUGCUUUUCAUCCAGCUUUACUGGUAGCCAUCUUUUGUUUAAAAAGUCAUUACUGAACUCUUCUUACUCCAUGGAGACCGAAUAAGGACGACAAAAAAAAAAGUAAUGCACAUGUCCAAGUUGUAUUUAAAAAAAAAAAAAAAUUGUGUGGUGGUUUAAAGGAACAGUCCACCGUAU